UGGCGCGUGGGGGGGUCCCCGUGAGACGGGGCCGCUGGAGCGACCUCGGGACUAAACCGCUGCCUCCCUUCUGGGAAGGGAAGCCCUCUCCAGAGCGCACUGGAAGUCCGCUCUUCCGGUCACUUGUGGACGAUUCGCUGACACAGUAGUGUGAUCGCGACGCUUGGUUUAACCACCACAGCCCGGGCCUUGUCACGCUAGCACUGAUAAGAAGACUGAAGAUCAAAGGAGUUAGGAAACUUACCCAAGGUCAUAACAGCUGAAAAGCAGGAAAACCAAGAUUCCCAUUGACAUGUUUGACAAUUAAUUUAACUUUCAGGAUCACUAGAACACAACAGGAAAAAACAAAAGUGAAAGAUUAUCAAUAUAGAUUAUUGUGUAGGUGUAAAGAAGGUAACUGAAAAAGGAGCAAAGAGGAGUUUACAGAUGUGGAGAAUGUCAGACAACAUAGCAAGGAAGACUCAGGGACUUCCCAAAAAAGUUAUAGGUAACCAAGACACAUCUUCAUUAACAGACGCUGUAGAACAAGUUGCAAAGCAACAACAAUCACAAGCUUCAGAAAUAGAAAAAAACAAAAAAGUUCUUUUCCAAAUUGAGAAUGAACUUCUUGAGCUUGAAAAACAAAUAGCAGCUGUCUAUGCAGAAAAUAAAGAAACAAAAAGACAAGUUUAUCUUCAAGAUGUUGCAAUAGAGAACAGCAAACUUCAGUGUGAAAACCUGGAAACUCAAAUCAAAUCCUUACAUUCAGAAAAUGUGAAGCUUAAAUUUGACAUAGAAAUGGCCCAAGAAGAUUUUGAGGAACACAAGAUAAAAUAUAAUGCAUACUAUGUAAAAAUAAAAGCACAUAAAGAUAGUUUGGGGGAGGUAGAAAGUAAAUGGUCAUUUAUGACUGAACUCCAUGAAAAACAAGAUCUUGUUAAAAAACUAAAAACAAUGAAAAAUGAACUUGUGAAAGAUCUCCAAAAUCCAGGAGGGAACCGAAUAACACAAGUACAGGAAGACAUUGCAAAGUUAAAGGAUAAAAUUAUAGCUGUAAAAGAAUCUAUCAUUGAAAAAACUUGUUUUCUUGAGGAAACAAAAAGGACACAUGAAAAACUAAGAAAAGAAAUAGAGGUACAACAUAAGAGAUAUGAUGCAAUUCUUAAGCGUUUGCGUUGUCAAGUGAACAAACUUCAGUCACAUAGAAGACAAUGGCAAUGGAACAUUCAGCAACUGGAAAACACUGCAGCUGAACUAAGAAAACGCACUGGAAUGCAAGAAUAACAUUGCCAUUGGGCAAUGUGAAACAUAGACCAUGCCAACAAAAAUUGUGGGACAGAGUGUUGAGAAAAUCUUUUUUGUUCUUAAUAACAAGCAUCCACCAUCAGAAGCCUGUCUUAAUGACAGAUACAUUUUUUCUUAAUGAGUCAUCCAUCUUAAAGUGCCUUCCAACUCUACAAUUGAUAGCAGUAUGUAGACGAUAGGAAUGCUUACAGUAGGCUAGUGAAAGAGACUAUGAAUAUUUUGAGUGUGUAAGAUGUAUUAUAGUCAUGAGUGCAUGUUUAUAACUAUGUUGCAUUCACUGACCUAUGACGUAAAAAUUUAGAAGAAAAGAAACACUUGGAUUUUCAAUGAUUUAAAUUGUUAAGGUAUUUAAAAAUGUUUGUU